AUGCUGAUUGACCCGAGCAAAAUGAUGGCCGAUCUGACCGCCUGGCGACCGGUGCCUCCGCUGUGGCCACGUGAUCUGACCUCCGAGUCACCAGAUCAAUCCGAAGGACCCGCUCCUCUGCUCAGCCUCAGAGCUCUGGUCGAGACGGCCAGUGUCGGUGCCGGUGGCGCCAAGGCGACUGUACCAAGCACUAUUUGCCCGCCCGGUCAGUCGUCUGGGCCGGUGAGUCCGGACGAGGCGGCGAGUCCGGUCGUCUGGCGUGGUCACGUCUACUGGUUGGCUGGAAAGAAAGCGCGCGAUUUGUUCUCCGCCAACCCUUUGAAGUAUACCGCUGCGCAGGUGGAAACUCCACCGCUCCAGAUGCCGGUUCGUGUGGCCAUUGUAGGACCACCGAAAUCGGGCAAAACAACACGUAGGCAUUUGAGGCCAUUCUAUGCUUGUAGAUACGAAGAGUAA